AUGCUUCGCCCUCAGGUGCAGGUACUUCUUGUGGCUUUGUUUUCCUCUGUGCUGCUGGUGCAGGUCAGCGGUUCCCCACGCAGAGACAUGCUGACAGAAACACUGAGAGCGGACCUCGCCGACGACAAGGAUCUGGCUCACUUGCUCUUGCUCAAGUUUGUGUCUGAACUGAUGGUGGCGAGAGGAGACGAGGUUAAGAUGCUCCCCGAGCUGGAGGAGGAGGAGGUGGGAGUCAGGGAGGAGGUGAUGCGGCGACAUCUUCCCCUCUCCCAAAGAGAGCGCAAGGCGGGCUGCCGCAACUUCUUCUGGAAGACGUUCACCUCAUGUUAA